AAAAAAAAAAGGAAGAAACCAAGUGGAAACGGGAAGGAAAAGAAAGAAAGCAGCUUUAAAAACUUGGAGAAGUUCCCAUGCAAAAUCAACUCAAGAUUUCAAUUACGCGUAUUGUUGCAAAAGCAAUCGCAAAGAGAUCCUGUUUUUUAAUUGGAUUAUUUGGAAAGUGAAAACAAAUAGUUGGCUUUCCUUUUGCUGUUCCAUAACUUCCCCAAGAACACCCAGUCAGAAAAUUUUCAGGGAUUUUAGUUGGUGGUGGAAGUGGAAGGGCAUUUCUCAGGUUACACAAACUCUUUCAUAGCAUGAGAAACACAGCAUAACAGAAGAAACGAAAGGGUUGAGAGAUAUGGGGAGGUUCUUGUUUCUUCUUGGGUUGCUUUUGGCUGCGGCUGUUGAUAUCAGUAGCGCCGGCAAUGUAACGUACGAUGGAAGGUCAUUGAUCAUCGACGGCCAACACAAGAUUCUGUUUUCUGGUUCAAUUCACUACCCUCGUAGCACUCCUCAGAUGUGGCCAUCUUUGAUAGCCAAGGCCAAAGCUGGUGGACUAGAUGUCAUUGAAACCCUGGUUUUUUGGAACCUACAUGAACCCCAGCCAGGACAGUUUGAUUUCAGCGGAAGACGUGAUAUAGUAAGAUUCAUUAAGGAAAUUCAAGCACAAGGUCUAUAUGCAUGCAUUAGGAUCGGACCCUUCAUUGAAGGCGAAUGGUCUUACGGGGGUCUGCCAUUUUGGCUGCAUGAUAUUCCAGGCAUAGUUUAUAGAUCCGAUAAUGAACCCUUCAAGUAUCAAAUGCAGAAGUUUGUGUCAAAGAUUGUGAGCAUGAUGAAAACAGAAAAGUUAUAUGCUUCUCAAGGAGGGCCAAUUAUUCUGUCGCAGAUUGAAAAUGAGUAUGGAAUGAUAGAAGCAGCAUUUAGAGAAAAAGGGCCGCCUUAUGUUCGUUGGGCUGCUGAGAUGGCGGUGGGGCUUCAAACUGGCGUACCAUGGGUGAUGUGCAAGCAAAAUGAUGCUCCUGACCCAGUGAUUAAUGCAUGUAAUGGGAGACGAUGCGGGGAAACAUUUCCAGGACCAAAUUCACCAAAUAAGCCUGCAAUAUGGACAGAGAAUUGGACAAGCUUUUAUCAAGUAUAUGGAGAUGAACCAGACAUCAGAUCAGCUGAAGAUAUAGCAUUCCAUGUUGCAUUGUUCAUUGCAAAGAAAGGCAGCUAUGUGAAUUAUUAUAUGUACCAUGGAGGAACAAAUUUCGGAAGAACCGCUUCUGCAUAUAUACUUACAAGUUAUUAUGAUCAAGCUCCUCUUGAUGAGUAUGGUUUGUUUAGACAGCCAAAAUGGGGUCACCUUAAAGAGUUACAUACUGCAAUCAAGUUAUGCAUGGACCCUCUACUUUCUGGAGUAUGUUCCACCAUGGCUUUGGGCCAAUCACAACAACAGGCCUUUGUUUACGGAGUAAAUUCAGUUGACUGUGCUGCUUUUCUGGUAAACAAUGACACUAGGAAGAAUGUUGUUGUAACUUUUCAAGAUUCAUUGUAUGAAUUGCCUCCAAAGUCUAUCAGCAUCCUACCAGACUGCAAGACUGAGGCCUUUAACACUGCUAAGGUAAGCACACAAUACAGCACCCGAGCGGUGGAAACAAGCCAGAAGCUAGAUUCAAUUGAAAAAUGGGGAGAAUAUAAGGAAGCUAUCCCUACUUUUGAGGAUACUUCUUUAAGAGAAAACAUGUUAUUGGAGCACAUGAAUACAACAAAAGAUAUUUCUGAUUAUCUAUGGUACACUUUCAGUUUUCAGAAUGAUUUUUCUGAUGCUGAGUAUUUGCUCAAUGUGACAUCCUCUGCACAUGUAUUACAUGCCUUUGUAAAUGGAGCAUUUGUAGGUUAUACCCAUGGCAGUUUUAAGACUAAAACUCCCAUCCUAGAGAGUAAAGUUACUUUAAAUAAUGGAACAAACCAUAUCUCCUUGCUCAGUGGAAUGGUUGGAUUACCGGAUUCAGGACCGUACCUUGAGAGAAGGGUGGCUGGAGUAAGAAGUGUGAUGGUUAAGGGUGAACAUGAAAUUAAAGAUUUUACCAGCUAUUCAUGGGGAUAUCAGGUUGGGCUUUUAGGUGAGAAAUUACAAGUUUACACCGAUAUUGGAUCAAGUAAAAUACAAUGGAAUACCUAUGGAAGCUCUACUCAUCAACGUCUAACAUGGUACAAGACUGUAUUUGAUGCACCAGCUGGAAAAGAACCUGUGGCAUUAAACCUUGAAUCAAUGGGAAAGGGUGAAGCCUGGGUAAAUGGCCAAAGCAUUGGUAGAUAUUGGGUCUCAUUUCUUACCCAGAAAGGAAGUCCUUCACAGACAUGGUACAGUGUGCCUCGAUCCCUCCUGAAACCUACUGAUAACCUACUGAUUAUCCUAGAAGAAGAAAAUGGAUACCCUCUUGGUAUUUCCAUAGACACCAUAUCGAUCACAAAAGUGUGUGGUCAUGUGUCUGAAUCCCAUCUCCCACCAGUUAUUUCAUGGCGAGGACAAAAUAAAACAGAACCGAACUACAACAAGAAGCACCAUGGAAGGAGACCUAAAGUUCAGCUUCGAUGUCCUCCAGGAAGGAGCAUUUCCAGCAUUUUAUUUUCAAGCUAUGGUACCCCUACUGGUGAUUGUGGAAGCUAUGCCCUUGGAAGCUGCCACUCAUCUCAUUCUUUAGCCACUGUUGAGGAGGCUUGUCUAGGAAAGAGGAUUUGUUCCUUCCCUGUUUGGAGCCAAAAAUUUGGUGAUGAUCCAUGUCCAGGCAUACUGAAAACUCUGUUGGUUGAUGCACAAUGCACAUAAGAUUGAACAAUUUUUUUAUAGCUUAAUUUUUGCUGUAAAGAUUAAUCAACAGUAUUGAUUCAAAUCAUCCUUGGAAUGUUAAUCAAAAUAAAACCUUUUCAACCCUCAUUUUUUCUUGUUAAUCAAAAUUAAAGCCAUUAAGCACGUGCAACUAGUCAAUUUCA